CCCCUAACCUUCCUCGUGGCACUCACUCUCCCUGUGACUAGAGAGAGACGGGAGGGCAACGGGGACUGAGAGAGAUGGGUGUAGAAGCAAGAAUUCUCCCCAAUUCGGUGCCUGAAUUGCUCUCCUAGACUAAUGGUAGUUGGUAGUACGUACUUGUAGGCCGGAGACAAGAGAGACGCUGCUAUAGCUAGUCGCAGUACUGGGAAGGAAAGGUGGUGGUGGUGGGCUGGUGGCCAUGCUGCACCACCAUGGUGGCGCCGGGUCCCCGUACACGGCCCCGCCGACGGCUGGCACGGCCCCGUUCCCGCCGACGCCGACGGGGCUCGUGUCUGCCACCGCCAUCCCGCCGCCGCCGAUGCAGCUGCAGCCUGCGGGGACGACGCCGAGUGCCAAUUUCGAGGAAUUGCCAGCGGGCGGCUCCGGCGCUGGCGCCGUGGCCAACCUACAAGAGGAGGACGUGCCGGCCGACGUUGUCGGCGGCAGCGGCGUGGGAGCGUCGGGGUCCGGCGGCCACCGGUGGCCGCGCGAGGAGACGCUGGCGCUCAUCAGGAUCCGGACGGAGAUGGACGCCGACUUCCGGAACGCCCCACUCAAAGCGCCGCUCUGGGAGGACGUCGCCAGGAAGCUUGCGGGUCUGGGAUACCACCGGAGCGCCAAGAAGUGCAAGGAGAAGUUUGAGAACGUGGACAAGUACUACAGGCGCACCAAGGACGCCCGCGCCGGGCGCCAGGACGGCAAGAGCUACCGCUUCUUCUCGCAGCUCGAGGCGCUCCACGCCGCGGCGCAGCGGCAGCAGCAGGCCACGGGUAUGGCCACGGUGCAAGCUGAUCAUCAACCGUUGAGGACAAUGGCGGCGUGGACGGCGACCCCUGCGACCCAACAGCUAGGCCCUCCCGGCGGCUCCGCCCUGCCGGACCUCAGCUUCUCGUCCAUGUCGGGGUCUGAGUCCGACUCCGAGUCGGACGACGACCUGGAUGAUGGUGUCCUGGAGGCGGGCCUCGGCAAGGGCGAGAGCGGCGGCGACGACAGGGAGAUGAUGGCGAUCUUCGAGGGUAUGAUGAAGCAGGUCACGGAGAAGCAGGACGCGAUGCAGCGCGUGUUCCUGGAGACGCUCGAGCGGUGGGAGGCGGAGCGCACGGCGCGCGAGGAGGCGUGGCGGCGGCAGGAGGUCGCCCGCAUGAACCACGAGCGGGAGCAGCUCGCCAGGGAGCGCGCCGCCGCGGCCUCCCGCGACGCCGCGCUGAUCGCGUUCCUCCAGCGCAUCGGCGGUGGGCAACAGCAGGGGGAGCCCGUGCGCCUCCCUCCCCCGAUCGCCGUCGCCAUGCCCGUGCCCGCGCCGAUGCCCGACCGCACCCCGCCGUCGCCUCGCCACGACGCCUCGCUCCAGCCUGUGCCCGCGCCUCCCAAGCCGGAGGAGGCCCGGGCGUGGGCUGGAGGAGAGGGCAGCGGGUCUUCGCUGCCGUCGCGGUGGCCGAAGGAGGAGGUGCAGGCGCUGAUCCAGCUGCGAACCGAGAAGGACGAGCAGUACCAUGACGUCGUGGCCAAGGGCCCGCUCUGGGAGGACAUCGCCGCCGGAAUGCGGAGGAUCGGGUACCACCGGAGCGCCAAGCGGUGCAAGGAGAAGUGGGAGAACAUCAACAAGUACUACAAGAAGGUGAAGGAGAGCAACAAGAGGCGCCCCGAGGACUCCAAGACCUGCCCGUACUUCCACCAGCUCGACGCCAUGUACCGCAAGAAACGCUUCGCCGGCGGAGGCAUCAGCACCGCGCCGGGAGCGUACACGGCCGCCGUCGCCGUCACGGUGCUGGAGAAUCCGAACCUGAACCCGCGCGAGCUCGAGGGGAAGAGCAGCCACGACGCUGGCAAGUCGAAGAAUGAUGGACAGGGAAACGUGCAAGGUCCUCCCGGCAACAACGGCGAGACGGCACCCGCGACCACCGUGCCUGAUGACGGCGACAAAAACAAGGAUUCAGAAUUGACGUUGCACAGAGGGCAGAGGACAACAUGAAAGAAACAGACGUGCAGCUGCUGCAGCAGCAGUUCGGAGCAGACGAGACGGAGAGCGACGACAACGACAUGGGAGGCGACUACACUGAAGAAGGCGGCAACGAUGAAGACAAAACGAAGUACAAGACGAGCUUCCAGAAGCCUAAUGUGAUCGGGAGCAGUGGCGACGCAACUGCACCACCAGCGACGGCUGCGGCAACGGCGAAUUCAGCCGGUCCAACGAGCAGCACCUUCCUUGCCGUUCAGUAGACGGCAAUGCUGCAGGACCCGGUGCCAGCUGAUCAGCACCAGACCACCAGUGCAUCACCGCCUUUUCCGGCUCAUAAUCACCAUCAUACUUGUUCUGCUCUGCCGGUGAUCCUGGCACCAUCCGAAUACCAUUUGUUGAUUUAUUUCUGUAAUAAGUAUCCAAUCAUGAAAGACAAAAGGACAAGGAGUAACACUGAAGAACAGAGGUAGCAGAGGCGCCUAAACAAAAAGUUUUCUUUUUCUUACCAUAGGUUAUGUUAUACUUUAGCUAACAAUUGUACAUUCAUGUGACAGUCUUCUCUGUAUUCCCUUCUGAUACAAUUUGGUCAGUAAUUUGGAUCGUCCAAGAAGGCAUUCGCUUCAGCCACAAGUGGCCUUA